AUGAAAUUCACCAAAAAACCCGCACAAAACCCCCUCUCUCCACCCCCUACACCCCCAGACUCAAACACAAACACCAACGAAAAACGCCGCAGCUCCUCCUACGACGAAGGCCACGUACCAUGGGUAACAUGGCGCUCCAUAACCCUCGGCGCCUUCGUCUCAAUCGGUGGUAUUAUCUUUGGUUAUGAUACGGGCCAGAUCUCGGGGUUCCUCGAGAUGCAGAAUUAUAAGCAGCGGUAUGGACAGUUUCGGGGUGGGGAGUGGGUGUUUAGUAAUGUUCGGUCUGGGUUGAUUGUUUCUAUGUUAUCAAUCGGUACAAUGAUAGGUGCACUCCUCGCAGGCCCACUCGCCGAUCGAAUCGGUCGUAAAUGGUCCAUCUUCGCCUGGUGUGUCAUCCUACAUGUCGGCCUGAUUAUUCAGAUUUCUUCACCGUCUGGGAAAUGGUAUCAAAUGAUGAUGGGCCGGUUCGUGACUGGUUUCGGUGUCGGUGCUUGUUCGUUGCUUGUCCCCAUGUAUCAGGGUGAGAUUGCGCCGAGGCAUAUUCGUGGUGCGAUGGUUUGUUCAUAUCAACUCUUCGUUACGUUGGGGAUCUUCGUCGCAUACUGCAUCAACUACGGCACAGAACAUAUCACAAACACCGCAUCCUGGCGAAUCCCACUCGGCAUAACAUUCCUCUGGGGCCUAAUUCUCGGAUUCGGAAUCCUACUCUUCCCCGAAUCUCCCCGUUUCGAUUAUCGUAUGGGCCGGAUUGAUGUUGCUAAGAAGACUAUGAGCAAGUUAUACGGUGUAUCGGAGAACCACCGCGUCAUCGUCCAUGAGAUUCUCGAGAUUCAGGAACAACUUGAUGCGGAGAAGGGCGCUAAGGGUGGGUGGCAUGGGUGGAUUGAGAUGUUUCAGGCUCCGAGGAUGCCAUAUCGGAUUGCAUUGGGUGUGGUCUUGCAGGCGUUGCAGCAACUUACUGGUGCUAACUACUUUUUCUACUACGGAACCGUCAUCUUCAACGGCGCAGGUAUAAGCAACACCUACGUAACCCAAAUGAUCCUGGGCGGCGUAAACUUCGGCACUACCUUCGGCGGCCUCUACGUAAUCGAGCACUACGGCCGCCGCAAGUCCCUCAUCACCGGCGGAAUCUGGAUGUUCAUCUGUUUCAUGGUCUUCGCCUCCGUCGGCCACUUCUCGCUGGACGUCCAAAACCCACCCGCCACACCAGGCGCCGGCAAAGCCAUGGUCGUAUUCGCCUGCCUCUUCAUCACGGGCUUUGCAAUGACAUGGGGCCCCAUGGUCUGGGCCAUCGUUGCAGAGUUGUAUCCGAGUCGGUACCGGGCGAGGGCGAUGGCGCUUGCGACGGCGUCGAAUUGGUUGUGGAAUUUUUUAAUUGGGUUUUUUACUCCGUUUAUUACGGGGGAUAUUGAUUUUGCGUAUGGGUAUGUGUUUGCUGGGUGUUUGUUUUUCGCGGUGCUGGUGGUUUAUUUCUUUGUUCUGGAGGGUAAGGAUAAGACUCUUGAGGAGAUGGAUAUGAUGUAUGUUAUGAGGGUGAAGCCUUGGGAGAGUUCGAAGUGGGAGACUCCUGCGCCGGAGGAGCAGUUGACUACGGCGCAGUUGAUGGAUCGGAGGGUUGCGGAGGGUGUUGAUCGUGAGGAAGAAGAGGCUGCUGCUGGGAAGAAGGCCGCUGAGGCGCCGGGGCAUACUCAUGCAGAGGAUACGACCGAGGCAGGUCCUUCCCAGGCUUAG